AUGGCGCGGAACUUCCGCCAUUUCAACUCUCGGACCCUGGUCGAGGCGGCCGCGGCUUGGGAGGCCCAACUGGCCUCCGGCAACCACAUGUUCCUGACCCUGGCCGGCGCAAUGAGCACCGCCGAGAUCGGCCUACAGCUGGCCGAGAUGAUCCGCCGUGACAAAGUCCACGCGAUCUGCUGCACCGGCGCUAACCUGGAAGAGGAUCUAUUCAAUCUGGUAGCCCACGAUCACUACCACCGAAUCGCCGACUGGCGCUCGCUGACCGCCGAGGAAGAGCAGCAGCUCGCCGAGCAGGGCCUCAAUCGGGUCACCGACACCUGCAUUCCCGAAGACCAAGCGAUGCGCAAGAUCGAGCGGCUGAUCGCCCGCCGCUGGCAGGAGGCCGACGCCGCCGAGCAACCCCAGUUGCCACACGAGUUCCUCUACCAGCUCCUGCUCAGCGGCGAGCUCGAAGACGCGUACCAGAUCGACCCGCGCCAGUCUUGGCUGCUAGCCGCGGCCAAGUGCCAACUACCGCUGUUCGUGCCCGGCUGGGAAGACUCGACCCUGGGGAAUAUGUUCGUCGCCCGUUGCAUCAGCGGCGAGAUCGGCAGCCUCGACACCGUCAAGGGCGGCUUGCACUACAUGCGGUCGCUGGUCGACUGGUAUCGCCGCGAGACCGCCAAGCACGGCCUGGGCUUCUUCCAAAUCGGCGGCGGCAUCGCUGGCGACUUCCCGAUCUGCGCGGUGCCGCUGAUCCAGCAAGACUUGAGCGAAGACGUGCGGCUGUGGUCCUACUUUUGCCAGAUCAGCGACAGCACCACCUCCUACGGCUCCUACAGCGGCGCUGUGCCCAACGAGAAGAUCACCUGGGGCAAGCUGUCGCCGGAGACUCCCAAGUUCAUCAUCGAAAGCGACGCCUCGAUCGUCGCGCCGCUGGUCUUUGCCUGGGUGCUGGCGAGCUAG